AUGAAGGGCUACCGCGACGGCCGGUUCUCGAGAGGAUGGCGGCGGAUGCGCGUCUGGGCGCUCGGCGGCGUCACCACCCUGGGGCAGGCGCUGGCCUACGACCGCGCCUUGUGCGGCCACAGCCUGGACCAGCGGGAGGAGGUCCGCAGUCCGCACGCUCUCCUGCGGCCACGUGAUCCACUUCCACCUACGCAAGGGUCCCAAGUGCGGGAGCAACAUCGACGAGUGGCUCCGCGAGAACCUCACGCGCUGCCCGGCCUGCUGCAGGACCGUCCACCCCAUGUUGCUGUGGAAGGCGCCGCCGACAUUGGCGCCACUGUGCCACUGCCAGCGCAGUCGGCGCCGUCGUCGACGUCGACGUCGGAUUUGGAGGCUCAGGAGCCGCGGCGGUUGGCGUUGGAGCAGGGGCCACCGCGGCAGCUGGCGUUGGACCAGGGGCGACGGCGGUAUCCGCCGUCGAUGCGGUUCCAGGAUGAGCUACUGUUUGUGUUGCCGUCGCAGUAA